ACCGACCGGGACGACGGUCUCUUUACCACCGUCGUCUGUACUCGCAACAAUGAAGCACUGGGGCUUGUCUACUCCUCCACGUCGUCUAUUGUCGCCGCAUUGGAAUGUGGUCGGGGUGUCUACUACAGCCGUUCCCGGAACGGAUUGUGGCGCAAGGGCGACACGUCCGGACACUUUCAGGUACUGCACCGGCUCGACAAAGACUGUGACGGGGAUGCUUUGCGGGUGACGGUCACUCAAAAAGGCACCCCUGCCGCAUUUUGCCACUUGAAUACUCUAACGUGCUGGGGUACGUCGAGAGGCUUGCGACAUUUGGAAGAAACGCUGCAAGACCGACUCGUGUCGGCUCCGGAAGGAUCCUACACGAAACGUCUGUUUCAAGACGAGACACUGUUGCGGGACAAGCUGGUCGAAGAAGCGCAGGAAUUGUCGGAAGCCGAUACGAAGGCACACGUGGCGGAAGAACUGGCGGAUGUCCUCUACUUUGCCAUGGUGAGGGCGGUCAAGGCUGGAGUCAGUUUGGAUGAUGCCGUCGCAGAGCUAGAUUCUAGGGCGCGAAAAGUGACGCGACGAAAAGGCGAUAGUAAA